AUGUCUAUAUAUCCCCUAUAUAAAGAAAUUUUUCCACCCACGAAUGUUGAAGAAGUAGUUUGUGCAAAUUUUACUUCGCCCAAGGAUGUAAAUGUUAUAGUUGCACGGACGUCGGUCUUACAAAUAUAUAAAUUUGUUGAGCGAGCUGAAACCAUAACGGAGGAGGCGACGGGGGAGGAUGAUAACAGCUUGCUCCAAGGUUACGAUAAGGACGACGAUCAGGUAGUUGGUUCUGGACAGUUGAAUGGACCAAGGAGAAUCCAGAGAUAUUAG